UAUGGCUCUACAUACCUGUCAUAUCUGUGAAAAGAUACUCUUAGGUCCAGUCAAGCCACACCCUUGACCCCACAACCCUGACUACGCUGGUCUCUGCACUCCUUGCUGGUCCACAAAUGGAGUUGAGACUUCAGGACCCUAAACCACUGUUUCCAACCUGAUCUAUCUGGCUACACUCUGUCCUAUUCCAGAGCUUCAGUGACAAGUCCCAUCUCUGAGACCAAGCCCUGAGGCAAGUAAGCCACCAGACUAAGGCUCGUCUGCUUUGCAGGCAUCUGAGGUUUCAGGAUGUCCACACUGCAGGCUAUCCCAAGUCACAUCUUGCGAGGGCUCAGGCAUCUCUGUGGUUCGAGAACCCGUGUAUCUCAUGGGUCUCGAGGCUCACACGGUUAACCUUAGCGGGCGGGGCCGGCAUGGGGCGGGGCGUUUCCUCUCGGGAGGUCCGCCAUGGCCAUGGUUACCCGCUGCACACCCCACGGCGGGUGCUCCCGAAUGCAGAGACCGCAUCUCAGCAAGAUGGAGCGGGUAGUCGUGAGUAUGCAGGACCCUGACCAAGGCGUGAAGAUGCGGAGCCAGCGCCUUCUGAUCACUGUCAUUCCCCACGCGGUAGCGGGUGAGGCUCGUGGACACCCUGGGGGAGCAGGGCGCCGCGGUCUCCGCCCACUUCGCUUCUCCUGUGUAGGCAGAGACCUCGUGGAAUGGCUGGUUCAGAAGUUCUGCAUCUUGGAGGAUGGUGAGAGUCGGCGCACCGCGGCUUGGGGCGGGGACUGGCAGAGCGCUCACUUUCCUUCUCCUUAGAAGCCCUGCACCUGGGCACACUCCUGGCGCAGCACGGCUACAUCUACCCACUGCGUGAGUCCCGAGACCUGACACUCAGGCCGGACGAGACCCCCUACAGGUUCCAGGUCAGGCCCCGGGUUGCAGGGUGCACCCCUACUUAGGGAGGGUGGAGCUUACUGGGGUUGGAGCGGGACGUUGUGACAUCACUAGAACGAACCCGCCUCCUCCCCACAAAAAUCUGGACUGAGGCAAAUCCAGGGAGCUUCAACUUUCUGGUGCUGCAGCACUCACGCAAAGGUCUGCGGGGCAUUCAGCUGGGGUCCCAGCAGGUCUCAUCCUUGAAAUUUUCUCUACCUGGUGUAGUGAUAGGAUCCCUGCAUCUCAGUGUGUGAGUCCAGGCCAACCCAAGCUCAGGUUCCACUGGCAUUCCGAGUCAGGGAGGUAGUCCUUUUACAGGACCCGGAGUUCCAGGUAGAAAGAAUGGGCAGUGGUAGCGCACACCUUUAAUCCCAGCACUCAAGAGGCAGAGGCAGGAGGGUCUCUGUUUGAGGCCACCCUGGUUUAACAGAAUGAGUUCCAGGACAGCCCAGGCUACACGGAGAAACUCUGUUUCAACCCCCACUUCUCCCAAAAGAGAAUGAGCAGUGGUCAGCUGGAGCAUCUCAUAAGGAUGCACCCUCUGACGUCACUGCUGGGUGCUAUGAGCUGGUGGGCGGUACUUGGGAGAGAAAUGGGAAUGUCUUUGGAUGUCAUUUUCCCUGCACAACACAAGACACCCUACUUUUGGACAAGCACUAUGUGGCCAGCUGCUGAGCUAGACUAUGCCAUCUAUCUGGCUAAGAAGAACAUCCAAAAACAAGGGGCUUUAGUGGACUAUGAGAAGGGCUGCUAAGCAGCGGCGGAAGGGAGACAGAAUGGUCAUUUCGUGUCAGGAGCAGACAUACUGGCUGGUGAAUAAGCCCCCUCCUGGGGCACCUAACAUUUUGGAGCAGGGUCCUGAGAGGGGCUCUUACAACCCCAGUCACAUGCAGAUGAGCUCGGAUUUCUAUAAGUGUGAGAUCGAGUGCUUCAGGAAGGCACUGGGCAGGAACCGGGUGAAGUCCUCUGCCUGCCUCGAGGCGUACCUGAAGUUCAGCAGCCAGCACGGGCCGCAUGAUCCCAUCAUGUCAGGGUGUCUGCCCAGCAACCCCUGGAUCACAGAUGAUGUCACCUACUGGGCCAUGAAUGCGCCCAACGUGGCUGCCCCCACAAAACUCCGCGUUGAGCGAUGGAGCUUCAGCUUCCGGGAGCUGCUGGAUGACCCCGUGGGGCGUGCCCACUUCAUGGACUUUCUCCAGAAGGAAUUCAGUGCGGAAAACCUCAGCUUCUGGGAGGCAUGUGAGGAGCUGCGCUUUGGCGGACAGGCCCAGGUCCCCACCUUGGUGGACUCUGUGUAUCAGCAGUUCCUGGCCCCUGGAGCUGCCCGCUGGAUCAACAUUGACAGCAGGACGAUGGAGCGGACCCUGGAGGGUCUGCGCCAGCCACACCGCUAUGUCCUGGAUGCAGCACAGCUUCACAUCUACAUGCUCAUGAAGAAGGACUCCUAUCCAAGGUUCCUGAAGUCUGACAUAUACAAGGGCCUGCUGGAGGAAGCUGUGAUUCCACUGGAGACAAAGCGCUGGCCAUUUCCAUUCUUGCGGAAGCCUCUGCACUCAAGCCCCAGCCCUGCUCUCCAGUCUACCCCCAGGGAGCCUGCAGCAACCAGUUCCCCUGAAGGUGCCGAUGGGGAGUAGUAGGUGGCUCUUGCUGCAUACCUCACCUUACCAUCACCUGCCUGACACCCUGUGGGGUUGUGUUCUCCUAACGGAGAUUCCCCAGCACUGGCAUCACUGUGUACACAGUGAGGUCCUUUAGUCUUCAGUUCAGGACUAGGCUGUCUCAACUCUAGAAUGUCAAGUCAGUGACACAUGAGGAGGUAUCAGUCUCUGGCCAUGCCACCCCAUGCAGGAAGGCUCCUCCACUGUAUAAUCCUCCUCAGGCUAAACCCAGUGGCUUCUUAGGAGACGAUGUCUGCAGGUGCCAUGUCAUUGCCGUACGUGGCGUCUCUUCCACCUGUCGUCUGAUCAGCUCUCUAGAAAGGCGACAGCACACUGCUGUCCUGACUACAGGGCUCCCAGUUCUCAUCGGGCAAGUCUUUGUCAAGCUGGCAGCCCUGGCAUCCAGUCUUCCUGUCCAGGUUGUUCAGUGCCACCAGCAUUGCCACCCCCACCCCAGAGGUAGAAAUAAAGAUGGGGCCUCCUGCCAUGCAGCUCCCAAUAGGGCUGCUCUCUAGUCUCCCUUCACAACCCAUUUUCACAGAAAUAAAACUUUCAGUCCCCUGCACA